CUGGGCUCCUGGCAGAGGGCGCGGCCGCCGUCGUGACGAUGUUGGCCUCCAGUACCAGCAGCACCGAGCAAGCUCACCCUCGGCAGUCGGCAUUGCGCCGCGGCACACGAAUCGUGGCCCGCCGCGGACGCCGGCGGCCCGGGAUGUACAUGCACGGGCGCGCGCCGCUGAAGGGGAGCACGAACGCCUCGCACUGCGUGGGGGAGUGGAGGGGGAGCAGGCGGGAACGGACGACAACCAGCUCCGUGCCUGCGCCCGCCGCCCGGCCCGCGCGAGGGACACGAGCGGGCCAAGGGCAUGUCACGCCCACCCUGGCGCCCUCAACGUGUUCGAUGGAUUGCCUCGCCGCGCCUGCCUGGCCACCUCGCCGCUCCCCCUCCUCCUCGGCUCUGCGGCGCCGCGCGCGGGGACAAGGACCGGGAUCGUGGCACGAUGACAGCAAGCGGCCGUUGCCGGUGGCCCGUCGACCCGACCCUACCCGACUAUCAAGGCGGCGGUCGAAGCUCAACUGGCUGCCGCGUGGGACUCCCCGGCGUUCGUCUGACCUGGGGUCUUAUAUUGGUAGCUUUACUGUAAAUUUCAUCUUACCAGUAGAUAUAUGUUGUUGCACUGCACUGGAAUUCCUUAGGGGCAAUGAUUUUUUGUUCUGUAGACUGUAACGAGGCAUAAUGGAGAG